CUCAGUCUCCUUGCGUCUUUUUUCAGCCAACAAACUACAUUUACAAAGCACGAGAAAGAGUUUAGUGCCCAGACUAAUAUCCACUCAAACCAAUACUAAUAUCCCAACUAAACAAAGUAAUAUUUAACAAUAGCAUAUAAAUAUCCGGACAACACUGACAAAUAUCCAAAAUUUAAGUAGACUAAUAUCAAAGAAAGGCAAAGAAAUAUUCUGCGUACCUGCUAAAGUGAAUGAAAAACAAGUCCAAAUCAUUUUCAAGAAAAGUCGCACUUGUGCAUUGCACGACUCGCUGGCUUGCGUAGUCAACAUCCCGACUGUGAAUUGAUCUCUCAACCAUAAGGAACGUCAUCGACGACGAAAACCUACAAACAUCCCUGCACAAGACAACUAUUAAUGACAAUGCAUAACUGAACGAGUGUCGAAAAACCUUAAGGGAAUUAGGAAUUGAUAUUAUGCCAACACAUGUCAACAAAUAUCUGUAAAACCCAGACUAGUAUCUCAUAAUGUCAUACCAAUAUUCGUCCUUUUACAAAAACAUAUCCUGUCAGGCCAUGUCAAUAUCGGCCCAAAAAACUGUUUUAUGAGCCUUCGGCUCAUGGGCCCUCGGCGAGCAGCCCUUAUUAGGCUGCAAGCCACCAGACCCGAAUUGUUCUUUCAUAUUCAACUUCCCGCCCGAAAUUUCAGGCCGCCCCCACCAGACCAGAAUUAUUCCUUCUUUCUCCAACUUCCCGCCCAAAAUUUCGGGCCGCCCAAAAACUGCCCACUUCCUCAGCCCAAAAUUUCGGCUCGCCCAAAAAAGUGCCCACGGCCUCCCUCCUCUCAGUGAGUAUCUACUCACACUUUAUUCUGUGAGCAGUUUAACUUUUGCGGGCCCAGGCAAUCUAUGUCAUGUCUCUAUUCCUAUUGCGAGAGGGUAUCGUUGAAGUAAUCCAGAAAAUUAUUACUAAUUUCUGGUAGGGACAGAAUGUACGUGGGCACCGAGCCGGUGAUUCUGGACCCAAUAAAAUUUCAACAUUAUCAUUCUUGUUGAGUCUUUAUGUUACCAAACAACUCCAUUAUUUAAACCAUUUUUCAGACAAUCAUGUUAUCUGACCCCAAUAAAAUUUCAAAAUGGGUUAAUAUACACUCCAAUUAGCUAUUAUGUAAAGAGAGGAAGAUAUUGAAGUUGUUUGGUAACAUAAAUUUCAGGAGUAGAAUUGUUAGUGCACACAAAGUUUUGUGACCAUUCCUGUAAUUCACCCACUGUUAUCAUCUCCUCUGCUUCGGUCUUCAUUUAAUUCUUAUCUCGCUGCCGUUCUGGAACUCGGAAGAAGAAAAACCCAGCAACUUCGUCAGCCGCGAAUUCCAUAAAAGAAGAUGGCGAAGGGAAAGAAAGAGCUGCUUUCGAAAGCGCCGUGGAGAGGGGACGACGACGACGGCGAGGCCGACAAGUUCAAAGACGCUAAGCUCAAGGUCACCAAGCAACCUGGCUCCGACGCCAAAAUGCACCUUCCUCGAAGGAAAAACGGCCGCCCUUCCGACUACGAUGAAGACGAUGACCAGCUCGAGAUUGACCCGGAGCUUCGUUACAGCUUUCACCGUAAUUAUCAGUUCCUUCAGAGAGUAUUUAGCAUUGACACAAUAGUGAAGCCACUCCCUCCUGCCAUGGCUUACAAUGCCUCCCGUAACUUGAGCUUCUUCACUCGCAUCUUCACUCAGUUCUUUGACCCUGAAGGUAUUGCAAAUGCGCAGAAGUCACUUGGGUUAGGCCAAGAAGAGAAAGCUCGCAACGUCCGUUGACAAGUGCGCUCUAUUAUCUUCCAGUAUUCCCUCUGUUCACCAUCUGUAAUUUUCAAGCAAAAUUAAGUAGUUCAUUUGUGCUCUCAAAGAGGACGGAAGUCCAGAAUACUAUACUAUCAACUUCAUGCUUUCUGAACAGAGUUUUAAAAAUGUCAUGUUCUUCUAGUGCCGGAUUGAGAUCGGAUUCUUCUUGGUGUGAAUUCUUGUUCCUUGGCUUUGCCUUUAGUUACCAUGAGCAACCCCAGAUUUCAUUUUGGGUGGGAGGGUACAUCUUUCUUGCUAUAACCAGGCUCAAUGAGAGUUUGAGAGCCAUGAAUGAGCCAAACAUUAGCACUGGUCUGGUUGGGUCUGGAGUUCAACAUAGGCUUGUAAUCGACUCAAAGCAAAGUAGGGGAGGAGAGUUGAUUGAGACCGCCAUAGAUAUGGCUUGGGAUGUUAUUGGUUUUGGUCGUGUUGAUUGCUUGUUCAUGGAGUUUUUCUUUAUACAGUUGGCUGCAGCUGCACUGCAUUAGUUAUGCCCCUGGCCCUCUUGCCUAUGUAUCAUUCAUUCUCCUAACUAUUAAAAUCUUUUCAAUUAAGAUUCAUCAUUCAAGCUUCAUACUCGAAUAUCGCCUUACCGUUGAUCGACUGUUGUAUGAUUCUAUUGGUGAUUUUUGUUAUUUGUUCGAUUGAUGAGUAAAAGAUAAUGGUACCUUCACACCUUGAUUUUUUUGUCGGGGUAGACUUUUAUCCAAUUUUUGCAAUAACAUUCGACAUGCUUUGAUUCAACGAAUCGGCGGAUCGCUGAGGACACCCUCAACAUAUCGACAACUCUAGUUAUUGAUAAAUGUUGAAAAUUAUG